AAAUGAAAGUGAAAGUGUGUGAGCUAAAAAAACAGACUCCAUUUUGAGAAAAGAACAGAGCAGAGAGAGGAGAGGACGAGGAGACAGGGUGAGUGUUUACUCUUCAUCUGUAUCAUCCGUUAAUGAAAAUGAUUUACUGACUAAAACAAUUAAAAACUGCAAAUUAAAGAAACCUGACCAGACAAAGAGCUGGAUCAGUUCUUGAUACAGGAUACUGUGUACGUGUAGUUCUUCCUCCUUGUCUAGACUUGUCUUUUUAGUAAAAAACAAAAAUGCGUUUCUCUUUAUUUUAGCAUCUCAUUUCAAAUUUAAUUCAGUCUCCUUAUUUUCUAUGAGACUUCAGGGACCUCACAGCUGUUGUUGUUUUGACUGCAAAUCAGACAAGGGUCGGAGAGAGGCCCUGUAGGGCAGAGAGACAGAAGUACAUGGAUACAGAUUAAACCCUGUGUGAGUCUAAGAGAGGUGUAUUUUUUCAGCCUCUAUACUUCCUUUCUGAUUCAUUUUUAAUAUUUUAACAUGAUUUUCAGUUUCAAAAAGCCUCCUGUUUCUCACCCUAGUGUAUUAAAAUAUGAUUUCAGACUCCUCCUCAAACGCUUCAUUUUAGCUGCGCCUCCUGUCCAAGAGCCUACUUUUAUUUCUGAACACUCUCUUCCUGUUUGUAUCUCACCUGUUUGUCUACUUUGUCCUCAGGUUGUAUUACUUAGUUUCAUCUUAUACAAAUUUGCACAUCAGAUGGAGAAAAUGAGUGAUUGUGAUGAGGAAGAGGAUGGCCGAGCAAAGUCUGUUAUGUCCAGCUGUCUGUCCAUGAAGAGUGACCGGUCUAAAAGAUAUCCCCCGGACUUCAGUAAAGAACCAGGACCCUCAGAGGAUGGCCGAGCAAAGUCUGUUAUGUCCAGCUGUCUGUCCAUGAAGAGUGACCGGUCUAAAAGAUAUCCACCAGACUUCAGUAAAGAACCAGGACCCUCAAAUUCACAGUAAGAGAAAUACUUUUCAACCACCAAACUCUCAAACAACAAUAAUUGAUGUUUCAAACACAAAACUUUCAAUUCUGACCCCUCUGUUUUCUACCAUGGUGAGAAAAAUGAUCUCCUUUGCUCUCAAAACGCUGAUUUUCCUGUUUAACCUGCCGACCUGGAGAAAGGGCUGGUAAAGAAGAAGUCACUGAGCACAGAUUUACUUUUGAUUCACAAUGUUUAUUAAAAUGAAGGGGGUUUAAAACAGCAUUGGAAAAUGAUUCUGACCUCUGUAUUUUCUGAUCUGGUUCUUGUGUUUGGGACGUUGUGAGCCUGAAAGUCUUUGGACUGUGGUGAAAAGACCCCAGAAAACAGUCUGUGGGUCACAAAAUACCAGAAGACGACUGAAGAAACAAAGCCUGAGAAAUCUAAACUUAUUCAAAGCAUCUUAAGAUCUGAGUGGCUAAAAACUAUUGUUAAGUGGCAGAGAAAAUCUCAUUACCUUAAAAAAAAAAAAAAAAUCACAGUUUAGUUUUUUCUCCUGUCGCGACACUUUCAGGCAGCAGCUGAAUAUUUUACAGGAGAUUGUUUUAUGUGAGAGAAAAGAGUGAGGUCAGAAACUCUGGUUUAAUAAAUGCCUCUUAUUCUGUAUCUUCCAACAUGAAAUGAUAAAGAAAAUAAAUGUCAUUAUUUCCUCAGAGAGACAGAGAGAUGUGACUCUGUAGAGGAGCAGCUGUCCAGAUAUCUCAGCUCUGAUAGAAGUAAGUCUGAACAUCUGUCCUCUAAAGUCUCUGUCUCUGAAAAAACAGCUGACUGAUUGAUCACAAAGACCUUUUUAUGUUUAGUAGUUUGGUUUAUUUUUGUUUUUCUUCUCUUUCAGCAGAUCGUGGUCUGCAGGAGGUUUUGGAUGAACAUAAGAUCAGUCUGAAGAGGAGAUGUGAACGUGUGAAUGAAGGAAGUGAUGAAGCAGGAAGUCAAACCCUCCUGAACAGGAUCUUCACUGAGCUCUACAUCACAGAGGGACUGAGUGAAGAGGUGAACACACAACAUGAGGUGAGACAGCUGGAGACUGCUUCAAAGAUGAAGACCCUCCAUGACACACCCAUCAAGUGUCAUGAGAUCUUUAAAACCUUACCUGACCAACAGAAGAAGCUCAUCAGAGUGGUUCUGACCUACGGAGUGGCUGGUGUUGGAAAAACCUUCUCAGUGCAGAAGUUCACUCUGGACUGGGCAGAGGGUUUGGAGAACCAAGACCUCCAUCUGGUGGUUCUGCUUUCAUUCAGGGAGCUGAACCUGAUCAGAGAUGAACGCUACAGUCUUCUGAGUCUGCUCCAUGUUUUCCAUCCAACACUAGAGAAGGUCACAGCAGAGACGCUGGCUGUCUGUAAACUUCUGUUCAUCUUUGACGGUCUGGAUGAAAGCCGACUGUCUCUGGAUUUCACAGACUCUGAGGUCCUGUCUGACGUCACACAGAAGUCUUCACUGAACGGUCUGUUAACAAACCUUAUCAAGGGGAACCUGCUCCCCUCAGCUCUCAUCUGGAUAACUUCUCGACCUGCAGCAGCCAAUCAGAUCCCUCCUUCACGUGUGGACAGGGUAACAGAAGUACGAGGCUUCACUGACGCCCAGAAGGAGGAGUACUUCAGGAAGAGGUCCAGAGAUGAGGAUCUGUCCAGAAGAAUCAUCUCACACAUCAAGUCCUCCAGGAGCCUCCACAUCAUGUGUCAGAUCCCGGUCUUCUGCUGGAUCACUGCUACAGUUCUGGAGGACAUGAUGAGCAGAGAGCAGAGAGGAGAGCUGCCCAAGACCCUGACAGACAUGUACUCACACUUCCUGCUGGUCCAGACUAAGAGGAAGAAGCAGAAGUAUGAAGGAGGACAUGAGACAAGUCCUCAGGAGCUGACGGAGGCUGACAGUGAAGUCUUCCUGAAGCUGGGGAGGCUGGCCUUUGAACAUCUGGAGAAAGGAAACAUCAUGUUCUACCAAGAAGACCUGGAGCGGUGUGGUCUGGAUGUCUCAGAGGCCUCGGUGUACUCAGGAGUUUGUACAGAGAUCUUCAGAAGAGAGAGUGUGAUCUUCCAGAAAACCGUUUACUGUUUCGUUCAUCUGAGCAUUCAGGAGUUUCUGUCUGCAGUCUACAUGAUCCACACUUACAGAAACAAGAACAAAAAAGUUCUGAAGACUUUCCUAAGAGGCAACAAACAAGAAGACAAAAUGUCUUCUUUAGAGAGGGUUUCCUAUUUUUUUCAAAACCUGGAGAACAGUUUCUCAUCUCUGGAUGAUUUCCUGAAAAGUGUCAUGGAGAAAUCCCUUGUCAGUAAAAAUGGCCACCUGGACCUGUUUGUCCGCUUCCUUCAUGGACUCUCUGUGGAGUCAAACCAGAGACUCUUAGGAGGUCUGCUGGGUCACACAGACAACAGUCCAGAAAUGAUCCAAAGAGUCAUCAAGAACCUGAAGAUGAUGAACAGUGAUAAUAUCUCUCCUGACAGGAGCAUCAACAUCUUCCACUGUCUGAUGGAGAUGAACGAUCUGUCAGUUCAUCAGGAGAUUCAAGAGCUCCUGAAGUCAAAGAACAGAUCAGAGAAGGAACUCUCAGAGAUCCACUGCUCUGCUCUAGCCUACAUGCUGCAGAUGUCAGAGGAGGUUCUGGAUGAGUUGGACUUACAUAGUUAUAACUCAUCAAUCCAAGGACAGCUGAGACUGAUCCCAGCUCUGAGGAACUGCAGAAAGGCUCGGUAAGUCCUUUAGGUUUGGCAAAAACCUGAUCCUGGUGUCAAAAGUCCUAUUAGCACAGGAUGAGGUCUACCUUUGGACCCCUGAGAACUUGUCCUAAUUGUGGAGGACCUCUUUGUUUUGAAUCCAGUUGAAUUGAGCGUGUCUGUAAUGAAUAAAGUUGAACUUGAUAUCAGUGACCAUAUCUAAGGACACACAGAAGUCUUCUGAUGAUGGUAUCAGUCCAAAUCAACAUCUCAGUCAAUGGUGGUGAACUUGAGUUUGAAGAAGGUGUCUGCAGCUUCUUCCUGCUGGUUUUCAGGUUAGAAAUGAUGAAUCUGUUGUAAAUGAGGGUUAGGGUUAGGGCAUUUAUGGUGAGAAUAGAACUGGAUCAUUUUCUGCUCAGUGGCAGAACUGUCUCUGUACCAUCAUGUUAAUUAUUCAAUAAUCAUGAUCAAUACAACAAUGAAAACUAACAUCAUUUUCCACCACUCACUGGAGAUUAUCUGGUGGACUAGAACAUAUCCAUGAUGACAACAGAUGAGUUAUUUGGACAGCAGCUCCAUGUGUCUGAAAACAAUGGUGGAAAUAGGAUGUUAAUGACUCUCUCUCUCUCUCUUUCUCUCUCUCUCUGUCUGUCUCUCUCUCUCUCUCUCUCUCUCUCUAAGUUAUGGGGUCAUUUGUCUUGAACAUCUGGACAGUUAUUUUCUUAACUUUAACUUCCUGUCUUCUCUCAUGGCUGUGGUCCUGAUAUUAGUAUCUGUCUGGUGAAAAAACAGUCCGUCUGUCAAACCAAAGUUGUUUUUUUUGUGAAGACAAACAUAAAAUGACCCUUCAAUUAAAUAUUGUUCGAUAUUUAUGUUGUUACAGAUUUUAUAACUGUGGACUCUCAGAGACUCACUGUGAAGUUGUGGUCUCAGCUCUGAAGUCCAACCCCUCCCAUCUGAGACAUCUGGACCUGAGUUACAACAGUCUGCAGGAUUCAGGAGUGGAGCUUCUCUCUGCAGGACUGGAGAGUCCAAACUGCAGACUGGAGACUCUAGAGUCAGACAUCAUUUUCUUCUGAUCGAACGAUAAGACAUGACAGUUGCUGCCUUAGAUUUUUCUCUGUGGUUUCUCCAUCAACUUUAGUCGAGCAGUUUGAAUUUGUUGUUUUAAAAUUUUAACACAGGAAGAAAAAUCCGACAUUUCAGAGUUGACUUGGAGUAGAACGAUGGAUGUAGAAAAGAAGCAGGAGAAAAUCAGUCACACAAAUAUUACACAUGCUUGUAGAGGGCAGGAGCAGCACUGACUAAAGGCUGAUAAGAAUAAGAACUUUAUUGAUCCCCGAAGGGAAAUUCAAUAGUAAUGAACUGAUCCACAAUUAAUGUGAUCACUAAUGAAUGAAUGAAGUGGUCAGAGAAUAUGAUAGAGCUGCAGGAUUGAAACCUGAAGAACAAAGUUAAUCCAACUCUGGAUAUUUUAUUUUGAAACUCUUGAAAACUUGAGUUUCUUCUUUGCUCAGUCGUGUUCAAAUGUAAAAACCAGAUCCAGAUUUUUCUGCAGUUUUCACUUCAGUUUGUUGAACAUGAACAUCAUCUUGUUCAGUUGGUCCAUAAAAACGUUUCUGAUCAAUGAUCUGUUGGUUUAUUUAACAGUAGUUUGUCAGUUGUUGACAGCAGAUGGACAGACCCCUGAAUAUUCUUCUGACUAUUUUAAUCUUAAUGAAGAAUUCAGAACUACAAACAAACAUUUGAGAUUUCUCACAUUACUUUCUCAGGAUCUCACUUAAGUUUUCUAAAGUUUCUUUAAAAUUUUCUCGACUGAAAAAUUCCUUGGGGUCUUCAAAAUGUUUAGAGAGGAUUUUACAAAGUUCCUCAAGAUCAACUCUGAAACGUUCUUCUUCCAUGUCCUUCAGGGGCUCAAGAACAUCGAAUCAUUAAAAGCGGGAACAGAGGUUAAAUUUUUUAUUUCUUUUUUCAGACUGUAUGACUGCAGUUUGUCAGAGAUCAGCUGUUCUUCUCUGGCCUCAGCUCUGAAGUCCAACCCCUCCCAUCUGAGACAUCUGGACCUGAGCAAAAACGAGCUGCAGGAUUCAGGAGUGAAGCUUCUCUCUGCAGGACUGGAGAGUCCAAACUGCAGACUGGAGACUCUGAUGUAAGACACCAUUUCCUUCUGAUCGAACGAUAAGAUGUGACAGUUGCUGCCUUAGAUUUUUCUCUGUGGUUUCUCCAUCAACUUUAAUCGAGCAGUUUGAAUUUGUAAUUGUAAAACUUCAACACAGGAAGAAAAAUCCGACAUUUCAGAGUUGACUUGGAGUAGAACGAUGAGAUGUAGAAAGGAAGCAGGAGAAAAUCAGUCACACAAAUAUUACACAUGCUUGUAGAGGGCAGGAACAGCACUGACUAAAGGCUGAUAAGAAUAAGAAGAACUUUAUUGAUCCCUGAAGGGAAAUUCAAUAAUAUUGAACUGAUCCACAAUUAAUGUGAUCACUAAUGAAUGAAUGAAGUGUCAGAGAAAUGAUGAGCUGCAGAUUGAAACCUGAAGAACAAAGUUAAUCCAACUCUGGAUAUUUUAUUUUGAAACUCUUGAAAACUUGAGUUUCUUCUUUGCUCAGUCGUGUUCAAAUGUAAAAACCAGAUCCAGAUUUUUCUGCAGUUUUCUCUUCAGUUUGUUGAACAUUAACAUCAUCUUGUCCAGUUGGUCCAUAAAAACCUCUCUGAUCAAUGAUCUGUUGGUUUAUUUAACAGUAGUUUGUCAGUUGUUGACAGCAGACGGACAGACCCCUGAAUAUUCUCCUGACUAUUUUAAUCUUAAUGAAGAAUUCAUGACUACAAAAAAACAUUUGAGAUUUCUCACAUUACUUUCUCAGGAUCUCAAUAAAGUUUUCUAAAGUUUCUUUAAAAUUUUCUUGACUGAAAAAUUCCUCGGGUCUUAAAAAUGUUUAGAGAGGAUUUUACAAAGUUCCUCAAGAUCAACUCUGAGACGUUCUUCUUCCAUGUCCUUCAGGGGCUCAAGAACAUCGAAUCAUUAAAAGCGGGAACAGAGGUUAAAUUUUUUUUUUCUUUUUUCAGACUGUAUGACUGCAGUUUGUCAGAGAUCAGCUGUUCUUCUCUGGCCUCAGCUCUGAAGUCCAACCCCUCCCAUCUGAGACAUCUGAACCUGAGUAACAACAAACUGCAGGAUUCAGGAGUGGAGCUGUUGUGUGACUUUCUGCAGAGUCCAAACUGUAAACUGGAGACUCUGAGGUAAGUUUAGUCUUUGUCUGUUUCUGGAGUAGAUCUCAUUGUUUAUUCAAUUUUUUUAGGCCUGCACGAUAUAUCGUUUGAACAUCGUCAUCGCGAUGUGUGUGCGCGAUAGUCACAUCGCAGAGCCUGCGAUAUUGGAGGUGAAUGAACUCAGUUAAUUUCAAGGGUAACUGACUGAGAUACACUGCAUAUGACUCCGCAUGUGCUGUGCAGCGAUCCACCAAUCACCUUCAUCCUUAACUCAGUUGCCAAUCAGACUAUCCUGCCAGCUGUCAAUCAAAAUCAGGGAGGAGAAAACCCACCCCUGCACAUGUUCUGCACAUGGAGGGAGACGUGUGUCCGCUGAGAAUUACUUUCGUAACUUUACUCAUGACUGUUAAGCCCAACAAAUAAGAACUGUUUGGGUUUUAAAUUGUACAUUUCCGUGGAACACUCUACUAUAAGCGGUGCGUGUUUUGCGAGGUGCAUGCAAUUCUCGGAGGACAUGCGUUUCUCGGCACAACACCGCUAACAACAACAACAACGAUCGCAAAAUGAGCAACGAACGAGAGAAAACCACCGAAAAUGAAGAUUUUUUUGCCAAAAAGAAAAGGAAAGUCAGUUAUCUGGAAUCAUUUCGGUUAAAAGAAGGAUGAUGUCGACUAAAACACGUGUUCUGUGUUCAUCUGUCGCCACCCAACGUCCCAGCACAAUAAAAGCUAAAAAUAUCUCUGAGACAGACAGAAGCCACUCUACAAACAUUCACAAAAAGAGGUAAGAUCAGAGCAGGUUAACUGUCCUCAAGAUUUCAGCAGUGCAGCAAAACAUUAAAUGGUAUUCAGGUCAUCUGGUGAAAAUUCCUGUAUUUUUAAUAUCACAAUAUAUAUGGCAGGGUUGAAAAAAAUCGCAAUAUUAGUUUUUUUUUCCAAUAUCGUGCAGCCUUAAUUUUUUUAGCCCAAUUCAAAUGUUCAUAAAAUUCUCUAAUAUUUCCAGAAAUUUCUUCUUACUCACAAAAAUUGGUAGUUUUUUUUAUGGAGACACAGACACAAAAACACAGACACAAAAACACAAACAGGGAUUUUCACUUUGUUACUUUGCUGUGAUGACUGAAGUCACAAAAAAAGUUUUCUUUGGCACUAUAAUGAUUUAACCAAAUAAGUUAAAGAACCAAACUGUUAGAUUUUUUUGCUUCCCAAUAUUAUUUGAGUCAUUUUGAUUUUUCUUCUGAUCAUUAUUUAAAGAUCAGAUUGAUUAGGUUCCUGUUUUGGCUCCACUGCCUCUUUUCUGCGAGUUCAAUAACUGCUCAUAUGGUUUGAAAGGUUCCUGCAGUAAAAUCCGAUUAGAGAGUGGACUAAAUGAAAUGUGAGUGAACUCAGCCAUCAGUGAAUAAAGGACAAAGUGAGAGGAAGAGUGGAUCUGUCUGCUGUCUGACCUUGUUGAUCCUGAUGAAGGUGAGGGAGUAAAGGUGAUGUUGUUGCAGACAGAGUCAGCUGACCUGUCUCAUCAGAGUCUCAUCCAUUCUCUGUUUGGCAGAGCGCAGAUGUUACAGUCUGAGAGCACAUUCAGGUUCAGGUUCACAUAGGCUGGAUCUGCUCAAUACAAACUCUUGAGACCAGCCUGGUUGAGGGAGGUCCGCUCAGUGUCCUGGGUGACUCUCUCUGAGCUCUUCUUGUUUGAAAGUAUUUCUGGUUUGUCUCUGACUUCCAUGAACUCAGAUCUGGAGGAUUGCUGGCUGGUCCGGUCCAGAGCUGAUAGUAGGACUACACCUUCUGAACACCUGAACCUCUAAUCCAAACCAGUGCUCCAUCACAUUUGAUGUCUUGUCUGUUAUUUUACAUGGAGGGUCAAAGCAGACCAGAUCAUGAGCUCUGACAGACUGGAUCUGGUCCAAAGGUCUCCUUUUGGAGUUCUCUGAGAUCCAUAUUUUAAACCUGAACACGUGAAGUUUGAUUAUUAAUUAUUUUUAUCUACAUGCUCUAUCAUUUUUUUCAGACUAUGGGGCUGCAGUUUGACAGAGAUCAGCUGUUCUUCUUUGGCCUCAGCUCUGAAGUCCAACCCCUCCCAUCUGAGACAUCUGGACCUGAGUGAAAACAAGCUGAAGGAUUCAGGAUUGAAUCUGCUGUAUGACUUUCUGCAGAGUCCAAACUGUAAACUGGAGACUCUGAGGUCAGACUUUUUUCCUCCAUUCAAACAUUAUCAUGAUUUGUUUGUGAUGAUGACUCUAAACUGCUGACUCAGGACUGAAAUACUGACCCAGACUGAAAACCUUCAGUCCAGAGUAGAUUUUCUUCAUCUGUAGAUUAUUUGAUUGACUCCAGUUCGAUUUCUGCUGAGCUCCAGUGAAUUAAAACCUGAACACAAGAAGAAAACUCUUUGUAGAGUUCACAGUGAGAAGAACAUUCAGACAGAAAACAGAAGCAGGGGGAGAUUUGUCAGAGGAGAACCAUUCAAACUUUUGUUCAGGACAAGAUCAGAGAAUAGAAAAAACUCAGAGUUUAGUUUCUGACUCUGAUGAAGGUCCAGCUCUGUUACUUUGAAUUUUGAUUGUUUUUGAAUCAUUGUGUGAAAAUCUGAAUUUUGUGGUUUAUCAGGACUUCUCUGAAGCCUUGCUGUGUUUACCUCUCAAAGACGUGAUAUUUUUGGUUCAGCAAAGUGACAAUAUUCUGAACAUCUUUUAUUUCCACUCUGUUCUGAAGUAGCUGACAUUUCCCGGAAAUAUUGAGUUGUGUCUCCAAUCAGUAUAAAAGUCUCUAAGUGUGUUUUCACUAUUUAAUGUGUAACAUUGAAUUCACUGUUUCAAACUUACUUCCUGUUUGGUUCAGCUCUGUGGAGCGUCACUUUUCUUUGAUUCAUACUUUCCAAACCUUUCCCCUGAACUCGUCAGAUUUAAGACAUCAGAUUUCAAACUGGAUCAGUGUUUGUCUAAAAUCUCAUUUUAUCUUCUUUAUUUAGGUUGAGUCGCUGCAGUUUGACAGAGAUCAGCUGUUCUUCUCUGGCCUCAGCUCUGAAGUCCAACCCCUCCCAACUGAGAUAUCUGAACCUGAGUAAAAACAAGCUGCAGGAUUCAGGAGUGGAGCUUCUGUAUGACUUUCUGCAGAGUCCAAUCUGUAAACUGGAGACUCUGGGGUCAGACUUUUUUCCUCCAUUCAAACAUUAUCAUGAUUUGUUUGUGAUGAUGACACUAAACUGCUGACUCAGGACUGAAAUACUAAGACUGAACACCUUCAGUCCAGAGUAGAUUUUCUUCAUCUGUAGAUUAUUUGAUUGAAUCCAGUUAGAUCACUGCUGAGCUCCAGUGAAUUAAAACCUGAACACAAGAAGAAAACUCUUUGUAGAGUUCACAGUGAGAAGAACAUUCAGACAGAAAACAGAAGCAGGAGGAGAUUUGUCAGACGAGAACCAUUCAAACUUUUGUUCAGGACAAGAUCAGGGAAUAGAAAAAACUCAGAGUUUAGUUUCUGACUCUGAUGAAGGUCCAGCUCCGUUACUUUGAAUUUAGAUUUUGUUUUUAGAUGUUUGAGUGACAAUCUGAAUUUUAUGGUAUGUCAGCACUUUUCUGAGGCCUUGCUGUGUUUAGACUGAAGUAUUUACCUCUCAAAGACGUGAUAUUUUUGGUUCAGCAAAGUGAAAAUAUUCUGAACAUCUUUUAUUUCCACUCUGUUCUGAAGUAGCUGACUUUAUCUGAAAAUAUUGAGUUGUGUCUACGAUAAGUAUAAAAGUCUCUGAGAUUGUUUUUACAAGCGGCACUUUUCUUUGAUUCAUACUUUUCAAACCUUUCCCCUGCUCUCUAAAGAUUUAGGACAUCAGAUUUCAAAUUGGAUCAUUGUUGUCUAAAAUCUCAUUAUUUCCUCUUUAUUUAAGGUUAAUGAUCUGCAGUUUGACAAAGAUCAGCUGUUCUUCUCUGGCCUCAGCUCUGAUGUCCAACCCCUCCCAUCUGAAAACACUGUGGCUGUCAGGCAACGAUCUGCAGUAUUCAGACCUGAAGCUGCUGUGUGAUCUUCAGAAGAGUCCAGACUACAGACUGGAGGAUCUGAUGUCAGUAUAGAGUUGGUGUUAGUCUGUGCUGAUCGCUCCUGUUCCUCUCCACACAGUAUCACAGCAGAUAUUCAGUAUUUACUGCUAUAUAUACGCUAUAUAUGCUAGUAUAUACUGCUGACUCUUCGACCCUCUCAAAGGAUUAUUUCUUUAGUGAAGCUGUGAGAACAGAAAUCAUCAAGCGAGGAGUGUAAGAGUGUCAGUUAUCAAAAAAAAAGUGUCUCCUCGUGUCUCCUCGUCUCUAUAUUUCAGAUCAAAUGUAGAAAUGAGACAUAAUGAAAUAGAAAUGUUCAGUUUCUGCUCUGAAGUUGAGUUUAUAGUUCUCUGUAUUCAACACAGACUUUAUUUCUCUGCUAACUUGUUGAUUUUGAGCUCUAAGUUUGAAAACAGACAGCUGUUCUUUAUACUUGUUAUUUUCACAGCAGGUUUGUUAGAUCAGCUUUAACACAUUUGACAGGAAUGAUUUCUAUAUUUUGAUGAUGUUGGUUUAUUUGUGAGGAAACCUGCUGCUUUACACCAUCACUUCUGGCCUGAGCAGGACUGAAACCUGCUGGUCUGUAAACUGGAGGUUCUUCAGUCCAGCUGAUGAAGUGAGUCUCAGAGUGGAAACACUGAUCGUCUUUUUUUCUCUCCUCAGAUGGAGGUAACACCUGAGAUUAAAAAGAGGAUCAUGUGUUUCCUGAUGAUCAGAGAGGUGGAGGCAGCAGCAGUGAGGGUGAGGUGAGUCUCUGACUGGGCCGUGUUCCUGAGAGACUGACCGACCAAUCACAGCGGGCGGAGAGGACUCUGGGAGCUGCACUUUAACCUGCUCUGAGAUCAGUUCAGAACCUGGACUCUGGAUAUUUGAUAUUUUCCCUCAUAUUCUGGGAUCAAACAGUCUGAAUAAGUUUGUUUUGUUUGUGGAAACAUGAUCAUAAAUUUACACUUUGAUUGAAUUACUUUUUUGCCCAUGAUGCAGCGCCACCCAGUGGAAAUGUAAAGAGGUGGAGUUGAUUUAUUCCCACAUAUUAAUGUAGCAGGAGUUGAUACCAUGUGUGACAGUAGAUCUGUCAGAAGUUCUGAUGAAACCAAAAGGUUUUUUCUUUCCUUUGCACCGUUACAGACCAAAUAUAAACUGGAAGGAGACAGGAUGAGUGCUUAGGAGAGAAGGAGGUGAAGGGAGGACAGGGUUUGGGGUUUUCAGAAAAAUCAGAAACUUUAUUCUUUCACCUGCUUAUUUUUAUUAAUCCAUUUUCCUCUUAAUUUUCUGAAAUGAUUGCUAAUAUUGACUGACCUUAUUUUUUAUUAUUAGACGGUUUAUAUUUGUUUGCCAGUUAUCCUUGAAUCAAGCUAUGGAAGUGAACCGGAUGAAUGCUGACCAAAUGAGCCAAUCAGUCUUCAAAGACCUUCCUCAAAAACUGUAUUUGAGCAUCGUUUCCCCAUCGUUUUCAACUGUUUCGUAAUAGAUGUGCUUUUCUUUACAAUUGUCUCUCAUUUCUGCCCUCUUGUGGCUGGACAACAGAAAGCAUUGUUGGUUUUAUGUGUUAAAAAUGACAUGGGAAUAGCUAGUCUUGUUGCUGGUAGUCUGAUUUAGCUCAUAUACAUAUUUAGCUGUUUAGCAGUUCAAAAUUUCUUCACAGUUAUUGAAUCAGGACAGGAUGUCUACAGUGACUGUUUUUAUAUCAGGGACAAUGUCCCCUAGGUUAGCCUGAGGUGGUCUUCAAAAACAGAAUCCGGAGAAAGGAUCUUCAAAUAAAAUUAACCUCAUUUACUUUGAUCAAAGUUAAGAUGAUUUAUUCCAACGGGUUAAAAAAGAAGAGAGUCGCUCACUUUCUGUGGUUGUGCUUACAUGGCAACAUGGCAACAAUUUUCUUAGCAGACCAGGUGUCAAACUCAGUCGGCCCACAAAUUUGGUGGAAUUAACAUUAAACUGAACUUUUUCAUUCAUUGUCCUGCCAGAGAAUCCAGCUACUCUACUGUAUUACAUCUCAAUUCAUAUAUUUUACCAUAUUUUAAUAUCUUUGCUAAAUAAUGAAAACCAAACCAGAUGAUGACAUGACUCUUGCAGGGUGACUUUGAGUGUAUGAAAGUACUCUGACUACAGAGAGAAGCUUGCACAUUGUACCUGCUCUUCUCCCUGCAACCACUAGAUGGAGCCAUAAUAGCAGCAACUCAGGCUUGAUUUAGCUGUUGAGUUUUUCAAGGGUGUGUUCAAACUGUGACAUUACGGAGACAUUCAAACACCGUUCAGGUGUUUUUUCACAGAGCCCAGUUUCUCACAAUAUUAGAAAAGAUCAAAGGUGUGUGUAGAGAAAUGAAGGAAGGAUGGCUGGGGUUAGUUUAGCUACUCAGUUUCAGGUUGUCAGUCUAGUCUAUGAUGUUAUCCUGGUAUUGACACAGCACAGAAUUAAUUUUAAGCUUUUAAUAUUUGUUUUUAAAAGCCUGAACAAUCUUGCUCCACCUUACAUUUCUGAGAUGCUCCAGCCUUAUUGCCCACCCCGACCCCUAAGAUCAGCCGAUCAGCUGCCACUGAUGGUCCCAAAUACAAGGCUGAAGCUCAGAGGGGACAGAGCGUUUGCUGCUGCUGCCCCAAAGCUCUGGAACGAGUUGCCCUUGAAAAUCAGACAGGCCUCCUCAUUUCCUGUUUUUAAAUCCCUUUUAAAAACGCACUUUUACUCCUUGGCUUUUGAUACUUUUAAGUGUUAUUUUGUUUUUUAUCAUCUUAGCACUUGCCGUGAGCCUGCUUAUUUAUUUACUUAUUUGUUCCUUUGCAUUUAAGUAUUUCUGCUCGCUUUAUCUUGUUCUUUGACUGUGUUAUUUGUUUUUAUGUGUCACUGUACAGCACUUUGGCUACCCUUGUGGUUAUUUUAAAUGUGCUAUAGAAAUAAAGUUGAUUGAUUGAUUGAUUGAUUGACUCAUUACUGCUUAGUUUUAUCAUCUCUGUUAUACCCGUUUUCAUCAGUCUGACAGUGUUUGUAGAAAAGAGUCAAAUGUUUCUUUUUUGCAAAAUUACAUAAAAGUCAAAUAAUGCAAACACUCAAGAAUCAGAUAUUCCUCUGUGCAGGUGUCUGACAAACAAUACCUCAGUCAAGUGGGACGAUAAUGAGGACAAUGCGUUAGUUUAAAACUGACAAAAUCAAAAAUCAGUUUUCAACAUUUUAGUUUGGUGAUUGGUUUAAGGAUUAAAAGUUUCUUCUUUUACACUUUAAUAGCAGUUGUCCCUGAGCCCUGGCCCUAAGCUAAUCACGGUUAUAAACAAGGAAAGAGUUAUAAACAUCAGACCCAGCUUUCAAGACAGCACUCACUUUAUACUGCCAAGAGCAAAACGAUGAAUGUGAUUUACAAGGAUUUUGAAUGUUACAAAAAAACUAAAUUAAGGUAGAAAUCACUUAUAAAAGUGCAUUUCCUGCAUGUAAAGGGCAUCACUACUCAGUACCUACAACAGGCCUAUGUGCCCUUUUUUUGCCUGUUGGAGUUAAUGGCUAAACUGUUGUUUUGUUCCACAGCUGAUGACUUUUUAACCAAAAACAAAAUGAUUAUUACAACAUAUCCUUGAAAAGAAGAUGUGCAACAACUAUAUAAUGUGUUACAGGAACUAAACACCUGAGUGAGCUGCAAGGCCAUUAAUGCAAACGUUU